GAAGCGAAUGGAUGGAUGAACCUUUCCGCAUCCAGCAAUAUUAGUGAAGUCUGAAGUUAGCCUUUGCCAUCAAAAAUAAUACUUUUUUUUACCUUUAAAUUCAAUGCACUACAUACUUUUGCAUGCCAUUGCCAAAUCCCCUGAGAUCCGUUGUCAAGUCAUUUCUAUUUACAAGCGUAAAGUGAAACCUCACAUGUGCCCAAAUGUCACACAGAAACACUCCAGUCUGUCAGAAGCCAGAGCCUAUUUGCUCUGACAGAACAGUGCUAACCAUUGCACCAGUGUACCACCUACAAUAUAAUUGCAUGUGCCAAUGAGGUUCUGUUUGUUUUGGGGAAUGUUUGUGUGCAUGUAGAUGUGUCAUUAUGUCUGUAAACAUUGAAUUGAAUUGAAAGCCUUUAUUGUCAUUAUACAUAAUAUAACGAAAUUGGAAACAGUGCACACGUGCUUAUAGCACAUUAUAAAAAACUACACAAUAAUAUAACUAUACACUAUACGAUAAUAGUGUAAACAUGGAUUCUGAUAACUUUAACUUUUAAACUUUAAUUUGGUGUAAAAGUAGGUCCAAGGUCUUCAAGGUCAGCCUAAUGAUUUAAUGUUUGAAAUUGACAAAAAAGCCUCAUAACUUGAAGUAUGAUUCGUACUAGUGUGGUAUUUUCAUCAUAUUGAAAGUCCCAUGUAAAGAUUUAAAAUAUCAGAUCAGAUAUGACCUUUGACCUCUACUUCUAGGUCAAUAGAAUGAUGUGAAGAUCAAAGCUAUAAUAAUGCUAUAUAGACCAAUUUAAUAAAGCGAUAUUUCUUAAUGCCAUUGUUUGUAUUGACAACAUAUAGACAUAUGAUAUGUGGAGAUUCUAAAUAUCACAUUGGACCUCUGACCUUUUCUUCAAGGUCAAAUGAGGUCAAACUUUCAUAAAAUGUCUUUUAUGAAACAGGUGCCUGCGUUUUUAAUGGCAACAAUUAUUUUAUGCUGACUUUGUUAUGGAGAUUGCAAUUACAAGCUAGAACCCUUUAAAUACAAAACACUCAUCUUAUUUUAAUGGAAAAUAAAAUAAACUCAAUAUCAAAAAUGUCUUUCACAUGAUAAUCAUUACUACACUUAAACAAAUGUUACUAAACAAUGACAUGAGUGCUACACAUGUACUAUAGCCCCUUAAAAACUAUAAUAAUUAUACUUAAAAUUAUGUCAAGUAUUGCACUACAAAAUUCUUAAACAUUAAAAAUAUUUAAAAAAAAAAAAAAAAGAAUAUAUGCAAUAUACAGUAUGAUUCCUUUAAAACUGAACACUGCCCAGAGACUGCCUUGGUGGAGGUUUGCGGUUGUUAUUUACAAUAAGUGGUGGAUUCAUGGAUGUAGUUAGGGAGGACUGGAUAUUAGGAAUACUGUGAGAUGGAGGCAGAUGAUCCUCUGUGGCAACCCGUAAAGGUAAAAGUCAAAAGAAAAAGAAGAAGCAGAACUCUAAUGGGAUUAGAGAAUUUAAGAACAGUAAUGCAAGUGAUUGGCUGGGUGACAUACUCACAGGUUUGUCAGUGUGAUUCCUGGUCCUGGUCCUUUACAUGUUAAGCCAUCCUUUAGCUAAGGUCAGUUGCAAUGACCUUGCGUGUGAUCAUAUGAGAGUGAGUGGUAAAUGGACUGGUACUUUCUAUUUUCACUCAGCACUCAGACUAUUUUCAGAGGGGGCAUUCAUUCAUUCAUACAAAGCUUUAGGCUGUGCCUUAAGCUCUCUUUACCUAUCAGGCAAACUGUCAGACUUCGAUAGAUACAUCGGGGCUAAUUUGGAGUUCAGUGUCUUGCCCAAGGACGCUUAGACACACAGACUGGAGGAACCAGGAACGAAACCAGUGACCUUCCAAUUAGAAGCUGACCUCCUGAGCCACAUACGGUCGCCGUCGCUUGCCCCUGUGUGUAUGUGUGUGAACAUAUGACACAUUUGUAAAGUCCUCUUUAGAAUCUGAGGUGUAAAACGUGUAAUAGAGGAGCAGGCCAUCAGCCCUGUAUUGCGUUUCAGGAAAAUCUGAAGUGAUUAGCUAGUGACGUCACCUAAAAACGGCCCUUUUCUGUCGACUCCGAGGACGUAGUUUGGAAAGUUCUCAGCGAAGCAUUGCAAAGCGACACUAAAGUGACAGCACUGGCAUCUCAUGAAUAUAUAUUUAAUUAGCUUGUCUGUAUGCAGAAAAAAUGGUUGGUCAUUAUAAUUGGCCUUAUUAACCUGAUCAUUUGACUGGAACCUUUCUGUCUUGAUGGAUGACCUUAUUAAUACCUAAAAGAAAGCUGCCACAUUCCUCAGAAAGAAAGAAAAAAACUCACUCAAGCGACCCAUUUACGGUGUCAGCGAUGCUCUUCUUCUUCUUCUUCUUCUACCUUUGUAGUGCAAUUUUACACCUGAUCAACACAUCAUUAGCAAUCUAGGCUGGCAUACAGACUGACGAGGUGAUGGAUUGACACCUUGAUUGUACUUAUCCGAGCAUCAGUUUUAAUUAGAAGAUUUUUGAUUGACACUGUUUGAGAACUUUUUGGCGCUUUUUUUGUGUAAUAAAAUGGAAAAACUUUUUUUAUCAUGUCUGGGUAAGGUAUGAAUAUUAUCCCCAAUCCCUGAAGCGCACUGAUGCCACCAUGUUGAGAAACAGGUUGCAGCCCGAUGAGAAGAGAAAGGAUAAAGGAAGGAAAUAGAGGAACAGAAAUGGUAGGGUGACAGAGAUAAGAAAAUAUAAGGCUAAUAGAUUAGUCACAGGACUCAGGCGUGCUGAGUGAGUGGGGGAUAAAAAAGAAACAAAAUAGCAAUGAAAUGGUCAGAGCUUCUGUAUAAUUUCCAGUGGAGCAUGAUUCUGUUUUGAGAAAGGGAAUGAGGAUAAGGGCAUUAUCUUGCACCUAUGCUUAAAGGCUGGCUUCCCCCCUUAUGUUUCCAUAAAUACAAACACAAUAUCCAAGAAAAUUGGAUUUAUUCUGUCACAGUGUGAGGCUGCACUUUACUGCACAAUCUGGAAUAGAAAUCGUUUUGGUGAUGGAGGAUAAGGGAGACAAAGGUCAUGAGACAAUACCAAGGUUGUACCAGAGCGUGUUUGUCUGAGAGGUACUUUGGGAUGGCGGUGGUGUAUUUUUAUGUGCUGGAGAUUUUAUGCUCUAAACAUUGGGAUCUGCAUGCCGACCUGCUUUUGUGUGCUUCUCGAUGCACUCCGAUGUCAUUUGGAGAGUCUCUUUCCCCACAUUUGCCAUCACCUUUGACAUCUAGACACUCUGAUUGCAAGGUAACAAUUGAAAACUCAAAUUGGAGCCCUGUUGUUCGACUCCCCUUAUUUCUAUCAUAGCUGGUGAUUGCCUUGCCACUUGGGGCUCUGUGCUUUUCCUUCUGGUAACUCAUCUGCCCUCUGACACAGCCUCGAUUGUCUGUCUGGCUUCACGAGUUUGGUGAUUGAUUUGUGGAACAUAUGGUCCUUUAGGAAUAUUACUACUACAUAAGGCAACUUCAUACCUUCUUGUUUUGACUUUCUGUCACUUUUCCCUUCACAUUUUUCUUUGGAGUGCUGUAUCCAAGAGGGCAUCUGGGUUUUCUGGACCAGUUGUUUUGAGAAUUUGGUUAAGAAAUACAGAAGAAUAUAAUAUUUUACCAAGGUUGCUAGUUCUUUUUGAGGGGGCAUUUAAGAUCCUUUGACUUUCGCAGUAUAAUUUGCACUUGUCAUUUUAAUGGUACUGGCCAUUAUUACGCGGUUACAGAGAUGUUUCACAUCAUCUCCGUGAUCUCAAACAUGAUACUGCACUUGAUCUACGUCAAAUGCCAAAUUUGAUGUAGAUUGUAUGAGGAGUUGUUGAGAUAGGCAAAGAACACCCAGCUGAAAACAUGCAUAAUCUUUGACUGAAUCAUUUGUUUUCUUACUCUUAGCAAAUUCAUGGUUGCGGUUUGGACUGGAGGCUAUUUCAGAUGUCACAGGUCCAAUUUCUGAAAUUCGUCUCCAUAUGAAUGACCAGUUAAGCUACCAGACGUGUCUGUGGGAAGCCGCAGAGAUCCAGCAUGCAGACUCCACAUGGAAAGACGAACCCAGGACUUUCUUGCUGGGAGGCAAUGGUGCUAACCACACAACUGUGCUGCCCAUUUUGAUUUACUAAUUACAAGAUUUAUAGCAAAUCAGAAUCUGUUAUGAUCCAGCCACUGCUGAAGUAUCUCUGAGUUAUGAGCAAGCUUCCUCUCUUGUUCGAAUUCAUUGUUUCCAGUGACAAAGACGUGACAAGUUGCAUUUUCUAUCAGAGAAGUGUAGACCUAAUGAAUGCAGACACCUCUUUCCUUUUGGGAGCUACACAACCUGAACAUGGGAGCUUUUUGACCUGUUAUCGACCUUGCCUUAGGCUCUAUCAUCAUUAAAAGCGUUUGACAAAAACAGUUUGUGUCUUUCACAAUCACAAAGACUACCUUCAUUAGUAUUUAGAGCUCUGAUCUAAAAUAUUUAUGGUUCUAAUAAAUGCAAGUAGCUCAAGAAAGUUAGGGGGGCUAAUAUAAAAUUAUGGUAGAAGGAAGUAAAGUAAUUCUGUACUUUUAAGAAAUAUCACUUUGAUGAAAUUUCAUGCCAGUCCUCUUAGGGCUUUCUUUAAAAGCAAUGGCAUUCAUUUAGCAAGUGCCCUAAGGGCAGCUUGCAUAUUUUCUCCACUCUGAUACAAUGUGAGCCACAAAAACCAACAUGCAAUAAGACCGGAAAACAGCAAAGUUUUUAAUGACAGGCAGUAUGUGUAUGGUGUUUACUGUAAUGCUAAUGGGCUUGUUAAUAAGAUCCAGAGCCGCCCUGCAAGUGUCUAUAUCCUUGAACAAAGUGGAGUUAAGUGUCGGAGAGUCCAAGUUCUUCAUCUGCACAGCUAUCGGCGAGCCGGUCAAGUUGGAGUGGUAUAACCCCCAGGGCGAGCGCAUCGUGGCCUCUAAGCGAAUGGCGCUCCACACAGAAGCAUCCAGAUCCAAGCUCGUUAUUUAUAAUGCCAUCAUCGAAGAUGCGGGUAUCUACCGCUGCCAGGCCACCGAUGUCAGUGGUCACACUGAGGAGGCCUCCGUUGUGCUGGAGAUCUACCAGAGGCUGACAUUCCAGGAUGUUCAGUCACCGCAGGAGUUCCGCUAUGGUGAGACAGCAGAAGUGGUGUGUGAUGUCAUUAGCUCCCCAGUACCCGUGGUGGUGUGGUACUACCAGGACAAAGAGAUCACUGAGGAGCACCACAGCAGGUUCCAGGUGUUGCCAAACAACAACCUGCAGAUCCAUCAGGUGACCAAGGCUGACGAGGGUGUGUACCGCUGUGAAGCCAGCGUAGAGGCACGCGGGGAGAUCGAUUUUGUGGACAUUGCAGUGGUGGUCAAUGUCCCUCCGGUGUUGUCAGUGUUCCAGCAGUCCUUCAAUGCCACAGCUGACUACCAGGAAUCUGUCACCUUUACUUGCAUCACUUCUGGAUCUCCGGACCCCAUAGUCACAUGGCACAGGAAAGGGCAGCAGCUGGAGCCAUCGGACCAGUACAUUUUGAACAGGCUUGAUGGCGGGCGGAGCAUGUUAACCAUCCGCAACAUCCGGCAGGGUGAUGGAGGCACCUACUCCUGCAGAGCCACCAAUAAGGCAGGAUCCCAGGAAAGAGAGCUCUUCCUCAAAGUGUUUGUCCAGCCCCAUAUCACCCAGCUGAAAAACGUGACAGCCGUAGAGGGCAGCGCUGCCAUGAUCUCCUGCGUGGCUGAGGGCGAGCCUCUGCCUGACAUUUCCUGGAGAAGAGCCAGCGACGGUCAAACCUUCGUGGACGGAGACAAGAGCCAGGAUGGGAGGUUUGAAGUUCGUGGGCGUCACGGCAAGUCGGUGCUGACCAUCAGCGGCGUGAGGCUCUCCGACUUGGGUCGAUUUGACUGCGAGGCGCUCAGCAGGAUCGGAGGUCAUCAGAAGAGCAUGUUCCUGGACAUUGAAUAUAUACCAAAGUUCCUGACCAACCACACCGUUUAUUAUUCAUGGGAGGGAAAUCCGGUGAACAUCAGCUGCGACGUGAUGUCCAACCCACCUGCCACCAUGCUGUGGAGGCGAGAGCGCUUCACUAUCUCCACAGAGGGAACCGCCAACAUGAGGGUGCACAGCGCCGAGGGCAAGUCUGUGCUGGAGGUGACUCCUAUGUCCGACAGAGACUUUGGCCGCUACAACUGCACGGCCAGAAACAACAUUGGAGUUCGAUACCAGGAGUUCAUUUUGGCCCAGGCAGGUGAGUCUGCAGAACUGCCACUAAUGCGCUAAUGAGGCUAGCAACUCAAUUUCAAGACCAGAACAUGUGGACGUCUCAGGGACCCUGCACCUUUUCAAUAACCGCUCUCCCAGUAACUCCAGCCAUUCAACUACUUUGUAACCCUCUACCUCUCUACUAAUGGUAAUAGCCUUAUUUGCAAUUCUCAGGAAGAUAAAUUCCACUACAACUCCCAACCCCUAUUCAGCCUCGCCUAAUCUCAAAUAGUGCUGGCUGAUUUACCAUACCCCUCGCAAUUUAACUGAAGUACUCCCUAAUUUACGGUAGCGAGGGCUAAUACACAAUAGUGCAGUCUAAUUAUCUUUAGUGCAGAUUGAAUUGCUCUAGCUAAGGAAGAAAAAAGUAGUGAGCAAAAAGCUGACCAAAAAUGUCGUCUUGCAGGAAACAGUAGGUUUUAGAAGAGUUUGUGACUCUUACAAUUCAGCACAACACACACUCAGGCACACGCAAGAAAACACACUGUGAACAUGUUUGUGUUCUUAACGAAUAUUUGAGACGUACCUUAUGUAGAAUACACUGUCUUCAAAGCUCGAUCAUAAACUGAUAGAAGAAUCUGAGGGUGGAAGUGUGUUUGUAGUGAGUCAAACUGUUCUGAAUUUUGCAUUGAUGUUUUAAGUGAGAAUCACUAAUACAACCAAAACACCUUGAGUCACAUCAAAAACAUAUCCAAGGACAAGUGAUGCAGGCAAGUGAUGUGGCAACUUACCUGAAAAUAAAAUAAGUUGCUGUCUAUUAAAUUGCUAGAGUCUAGAGUCGGCUAGGUUUAAUAUGGCAGUGAUGUCAGGAAGUUUUUAGAGUCAAGGUUUAUUUGUGCAGGAAAUAUAUUCAGAGGUCUUACGCAGAAGCAUUUAUUGCAGUGAGCUUAAUAUCAAGGAGAACAAAGAUGGACACUGCUUAUUGCCACCCAGUUCUAGAACAAUCUUGGAGGCAACAGCAGGAGAACGGAUUUAUAGUCCAAUAAUCCAAAUAUUUAACCCACAAUGAGGUAGUGGUCAUGCACAGGGAGACAGGUGGAGCGGCACGCAGGCAAAACACAGUGUCUAUAUAAACAGAUAAAAAAAUAUGGAACUGGAUUUUUUUUAAAAAAGCAGAACUCAAGCAAUUAAACAAACUAGGAAUCAAGGAAGGCUAAGGUGUUGCACACUAAACAUGGGUGACACAAAGGAGGGAAAACUAGCAAAGAAAUGAUGUACAAUAGAAAUUACUUACAGAAACCUGACAUUGUGGCCAUUUCUUAAUAUAUCUAUCCUCAUCCUGCGCAGAAUAGAUUCUGUUCCUGUCUGUUCCAGCUAAAAGAAAAGACUAACACAGCUCCUGCACUUUUAAUCUGCAUGAGUAGAAAUGUUAUGUUUUUAAUGUCCUAUCUUUUCACCUAAAAUUAAAGUACACAGGCUCCUCUCAGGCGUUGUAUAAGCUGAAUUAUUACAUCUCUCCUAAAUAACCCUUGAAAGCUUACCAAAUAUAGAAAAAUAAUCUUUUACAAUGUCUGUCUUUAGUUUUAUUACGGUGGCACUGUGCCAUUUAUCUUUGAUCAAAAAUACAUUCAGUGUAGUUGGUUAUUGCUGUGUAAAUGUCAGAGUUAGGUCCAUAAAUAUUAAGACAAUUGCCUCUGUACUCUGAGGUCCUCCCAUUUGUUUUGUUACAUUAGUCAAAUUACUCACGCUAGAAGACUUUUUUUUUUUAUCCCUCUGCAGUAUCUGCUGUUUGGCAGUGUGCACCCUCCAACACAAGAAUUCCCUCCCCCACUACAUUGCAGCACAGGUCAGAGCUGGUAUGAAUGACAUGAAUGGCUGAUCAUUCACACACAGCAUGAAAACAAUGAGCUUUUGUGGAGGUGGGUUGCAAAGCUGCUUGAAAAGCUAGGAGCAAAUUCAGUAGCUUGGGUAGUAGGAUGUGUAUGAGGGUAUCAGCGGUGCCAUCAGCUGGUGCUUGCUUCUUAUCAGCUGAUGGGAGUGGAAAUCUGAGUCAGUCAAACAGUCAGUCUUUCUGGCUCUUUGUUCUAGACUGAAAUAUCCCACCAACAAUGGGAUGUAUUGCCUGCAUAAUGUAUAAACAUUUUAAAUGCUUUAUAGUUUUUUUCUUUCCUUCAUUAAUAAUGUGGCUGGGCACAUUCGUAGCGUAUGCCCCCCCCCUCAGCCAAUGCGGAUGCAGCCUGUGACUCUCUCCACUCAGUGGUCAGCAGACUGCAAACACAAUCUCCGAGAGCCCCUCUCAUAAUAUCAGGGGACUUUAAUCAUGUCUCACUGGACUCCACGCUUCCCACCUUCACCCAGGAUGUGACCUGCCCAACCAGAGACAAUAGAACACUGGACUUACUGUAUGCCAAUGCAGAAGAGGCAUACAGUUCAUCACCUCUCCCUCCUCUGGGCAGAUCUGACCGCAACCUGGUGCACCUUGUCCCUGUGUAUGAGCCCUUAGUGCGCAGGGAGCCACCAGCCACCCGCACAG